AACAAAUGAAUGGUUAAAUUUGAAAACUAAAACAAAGCAGACAAUAAGCACGUGUUUGAAAUUGAAAUGUAUGCGUAAUUGUAAGAGUGAUAUGGACGUAAUUUUAUUUAAAUAAAAUAAAUUUUAGUCAGCAUUAAAAUGGCUGGUAUUUUUGAAGCACCUAAGUGGGAUGUUGACGCUUCUAGUGAAAAUUUAAACAGAAAAGUGUUUGGACAGGAUUCAAGGAAGCUUUCAAAAAAUAGAGAAAAAAGAAAAAAGAAGGGAGGUAUAUCACAAAAUAUCAACAAAGUAUUUCCACACAGUGCAGAGCAGUUUCAAACCUCAUACUCUGCAUCUAAAAACAUAAAUGAUAAAGUCAAGCAUAAAACAUUUGGACUCGUGAAAAAUAAACCAGAAAAACAAACUGAUCAGGUUAUUGACAUAAAGCAGCAAAGCAACAAAAGAAAGAAAAAAUUGAGGAAAAAGCGAAAAGUUGGUGAUAGUUAUGUACAUAUUAAUUCUGAAAAUGUAAAAGAAACGUCAAAAAAUCAGCUUCAGCUUCCGAAAAACAUAGUGCAAAGAUCUGGAAAAAAAAUUAACAUCAGUGCAAGUGAAAUAUUUCCGAAAACAAAUAGUCUGAAUGCUUUAAAAAGAAAAAUGUGUGCUGUUUCAGCUGAAUUCGAAAGUGACCUAGUGCCAGCUAAAAAACAAAUGGUUGGAAAAUCAGAUGAAUUUGAUUUGAGAAGUAAAAAAAGAAAAAAUAAAUUUCAGAAAACAUUUAAAAGAAAUGUGACAGCGACCACACACACUAAUUCUUCGCAAAAAGUUAAACUAGGACUUUCACAAAAGGAUUUGAAGGGAAUUGUGAAUAAAGCAUUUAGUGCAAAUUCAAGUAUGCAUGGUGAUUCAGUUAAUUGUAAUGACCAAGUGUCUAAAAAAAAGAAGCACAAGCGGGAUUCACGGAAACAGAAGGAUUUGAAGGGAAUUGUGAAUGAAGGAUUUAGUGCAAAUUUAAGUGUGCAUGCUGAUUCAGUGAAUUAUAAUGACCAUGUGUCUAAAAAAAAGAAGUGCAAGCGGGAUUCAUGGAAUCAGAAGGAUUCCAAGGGAAUUGUAAAUGAAGCAUUUAGUGUAGAGUCAAGUUUACAAGAAGAUUCAUUUGAUCCUAACCAUGAUGUACCUAGUGAAAUUAAAGCCAAGAAAUAUCCACAGAAAAAAAACUCAAUAGGAAUUGUGAAUGAAGCAUUUAGUGCUGAAUCAAGUUUUCAAAGUGAUAAUACAUUUCAGUAUAGCCUUCAAAUGCCUAAGCAAGAGAAAGGCAAGAAAUAUCAACAAAAGCAGAACUCUGGGGGAAUUGUGAAUGAAGCAUUUAGUGCAAACUCAAGUAUACGUGAUGAUUCAUUUGAUGGCCGAGUGCCCAAGAAAAAGAAACCCACUCGAAAUCUAGAGGAACAGAAGAAUUCCAAAGGCAUUGCAAAUGAUGUAUUCAGUGCUGAAUCAAGUUUACAAGAUGACACAACUUCUCGCACUCAUCAAAUCCUCGAACAAUCGAAAGCCAAGCGAGACCUUCAGAUUGAAAAAUCCAAGGGGAAAACGAAUGAAGAAUUCAGAGAACACCAGCUUUCACAAGAGGAAUCGAAACCCGUGAAUUGUAUUGUAGAUAAUCCAAAGUCAAAAAAGAGGCUACGUGUGGCUUCACUAAGAGAACGGAUGAUGGCAAAACUGAAGGCGUCUAGAUUCAGGUAUCUGAAUGAACAGAUAUAUACGUCUGAAAGUACUGAGAUUCACAAGUAUUUUGCAAAUGACAAAAAUGCAUUUAAAGCAUACCAUGAAGCCUUCCAGAAUCAGGUUACUCAGUGGCCCUUAAAUCCUCUCGACAGAAUCAUCAAUGCAUUGAAAAAAAAGCCAGAGACUUUAGUGAUUGCAGACUUGGGUUGUGGCGAUGCGCGCCUAGCCCGCUCUCUCUCGAAUGUGGUGCACUCCUUCGACGUUGCGGCUCUGUCUGAGGAAGUGACGGUGUGCGACAUGGCCCACACCCCGCUGAAGGGCGACAGCGUGGACGUGGUGGUCUUCUGCUUGUCGCUGAUGAGCACCAACCUCUCCGACUACCUUCUGGAGGCCAACCGCAUCCUGAAAGUCGGUGGCCUGAUGAAAAUUGCUGAAGUAGAAAGUCGAUUCGAAGAUGUAAAUAAAUUCAUACAAUGUCUGAAGAAAUACGGGUUCAGCAGUAAACGGAAGGAUUUCUCAAACAACAUGUUCUACUUCCUGGACUUUAAGAAAGACAGCAAACCAGCAAAGAGAAAUACCCUGCCUCCAGUUACUUUGAAACCAUGCCGCUACAAAAAACGGUGAUAAUGGAUUUAAUGAUCAGACUUGUCAACUUCCAGCAUCUCCAGUUGCAGUACCUAAUAAUUGUUGAACGAUUAGGUAACGUAGUUUUUUGAGUUGCUGACUUUCUGUACCCCGGAGGUAUAAAUUAAAUCUGUCCAUUUCUUUAUGAAACAAUUAAAACAUCAAACUAUUAUAUUGAAAAUAAUAUUUCCAAUAUCUAGUAAAGAAAUCUGAAAAUAAAGUUGCACCAUCAAAAACUUACUCUCCUGAAAAAUUGUAAUUUUGAGAUAUGUUGUCCUUUAUCUCUGGGGCACAGAAAUGAUUUACUCUACAAUGCAAAAAUUAUAUCUUUCCCAGUCUGUUAUGGCCUAGUACAAACAGCAUGAAAAUGCCAGGAUAAAAUAACUGUGUGUGUCACAAAGGCAAAUGCAGAUGGCAUAGUAGAUGCACUAACAUGCAAAUGUUGAUUUUAACAAGUGUCCAAAGCACUAGAGCAUCUCUCUCUUACUUUUCAGUACAGUAGUGUAAAUGGCUGUUUUAGCAGCAUUCCAUUAAAACAUGUGCCUAUGCUUUAACAGAGCGACAAUAAAUUGAAAAAUAAAUUAAGUUUGUUUCAAAGGCAUUUGAAACCAAGAUGGCAACUUAUGGCAACUUUUGUCUCAGUCUGCUUAGAAGUAAAAAUGACAUUAUGCUUUUGACAAGCUACAAAUGAUGCUUUAUUUCCCAAAUUCUCAGUUAAAAUUUCCCUUCACAGCACACAAUUUGUGUUUGUGUUUUUUUUUUCCCCCAAAAAUUUGUAAUGACUGUAGAGAAAAACAACUUUCUGAAGCAUUACAAAGUUGUGUCUCAAAUCAUUGUGCAAUGGCCUAUACCUGGCAACAGUGCAUGCUGAAACAAGGACUGCGCUAAUGGCAGAAAUCAUAUAUUGGAAGGAGAUAGUGAAAGUUAAUUACACUGGAUGCUGCAAAGUAAGGAAGAGGUGCUAUAUGCCUUCUGGUUUGUUUAGCCAUACUGUAGCCAAUUACACACCAAGAUUGCAGUGUUAAUCUCUCUUAGACUUACCUGAAGUUUUUUCUAGGAAAUAUGUGUUUCAGUAAUUAUUUAUGUUGAAAGUGCAUGAUAUUGUGCGUUACGAUGAAGCUGGCUGGCUAGGAGAAGCUAGCCAGGAAUAAAAGUUGCAGCUUUUUUUAUUCUUA